AUGAAGACUACUAACUCGAAGACGGUCUAUAUCAUAAGGCAUUCACUUGUGUUGAAGUUCCCGUUAGGAGCCAUUGCGCUCCUUGAUGCAGUCUACCUCCCGCUUGACCUCCCUCUUGAUACAGAAUUCUGCACUAACACUUUUGGGAUGCCACGCGUUGGUAAUCGAGCUUUUGCCGACUACGCUGACGCCCAUGUCACUAACCUUGCUCGCAUUACCAAUAAAAAGGAUCCAAUCCCUACCCUCUCGUACCCCUUCACGGGAUUCCAUCAUUCCUCAGGAGAGAAGCACAUUGUCACCGCGGGGACAGCCUUUGGGGAUUGGUACGCUUGCAAAGGGCAGGGUAACACUAAUCAGAACUGCUCUACCGGUGCGGUGCCCAACAUCUUCGGGGGAAAUGAGUCCGAGGGAGUGGCAAUUCAUAGGUGGCCCACAUCGGAGCUCUUAAAUACGCGCAGUCACGGUGGCCCCUUGGAGCCAUCGUUAUAG